AUGAUUAAUAUUUUUUUACGGUCAACAGGUGAACGGUUCACAUUAAGAACAAUUAGUUUCAACACAAAAGUUCGAGAAUUGAAAAUUAUUCUUGAAAUUAUAUGUGGAAUACCUGCACAUCUCCAGUGGCUAUACUAUUUAGAUGAAAGUAAUUUACUCGAUGGACAAAAACUGAAAUAUUACGAUCCCGUACCAAAUUGUACAUUUGUACUUGAUGUAUGGUUUAUCUACGAGCCAAUUGUGCAAGCUGUUGUAGCUAACGAUGAAGCAAAACUUUUUCAACUCGGUGUUUUGCCCAAUGUUCCAUUUUCAUCCGCAAUUGCAGAUAAUCUCUCUCGUGGAGAUAGAGAAGCAUAUAUUCGAGAGCGAGGUAGUAUUGCCUUGUUUACAGCUGCACAUCGUAAACGGAUUGAUAUAGUACGUCGAUUAUGCGAAAAUAAUGUUGGUAUUAAUUAUCAGACGGCAGCAGGACGUACUCCAUUAAUGGUCGCAGUUGCUCGUGCUUCACUGCGGGAAAUGGAAGCACUUUUAGAUCAUGGUGCUCGGCUUGAUAUAAGAGAUGCAUUUGGGCAAACAGCGGAAACGUUUGCAGAAAUUUUCAAUCAAGUGCAAAGUCGGCGAACGAUCAUCAAAUUCAAAUGGAAGAAACGAAACGAAAAAUCGAUGAUCCGUGAGCGAGAAGAAAAGAUCGCUCUCAAACAGCAGGGUACAGAAGCUGAACAAGCAUUAGAAAAAUCGAAUCAGCAGCGAGAAGCUCGACUCGUACAAUUAGAAAGUCAACGAAAGAAAAGACAAGAACUGCUAGCUGCUCAACAAGCACGAUUAGGCAAAAAGAAAAAUUCUCAAAAACAAGCAAUAGAUCUGUCAUCGACUAUACAAUCAGAAACCAAGGAAAAAGAUCCGGAAUCAGAAAGUCUUGAUCGAUCUCCUGAGUACACAUCAUUCGAAGAUUCAUCACCGACAAUUACGCGACGAUCCAAUAUACCUACACAGAAACUAUUCGCACAUCAAUUCUAUGAUGUCUAUGCCGGUAUGACUGAUGAAGAGUGGGUCAAAAUACGAAAUGCAUUCGUUGCGCAAUAUUUUUCUGAAUAA